UGAGAGCAAGAGCACCCGUCCAGUUUUCCAAUGGUUGUUCAGGUGAAUCAGCGAACGCCCAAUAGCAAAAAGACAAUGGAUGGAAGUCAGCAAAGGGUCGAAGCAAACAUUUUGUUAUUGGGAGCAGACAACGUUGGGAAGUCUGCACUCACAGUGAGAUUCCUCACACGGAGGUUCAUUGGAGAAUAUGGUGACAUAGAUUCGAUAUACAGCCACAGCGAUAAAAUUGAUGGACGGGAUAUUUGUUUCAACAUCUGGGACUCAUCGUAUUCCCAGAAUGGUGAUGAAGCCGGACAGAUAAGUGAAAGGCAGCUCCAGUGGGCAGACGGCUUCAUCCUGGUGUACAGCAUCUGCGACCGGGCGAGCUUCAACGUGGUGCGGCAACAGGUGCAGCGUAUCCGGCAGGCCAAAAAUAAACUGUCCGCGGCAGUGCCCAUCAUCAUCGUGGGCAACAAGCGGGACCUCCAACACCGUCGAACGGUUUCCAGCGAGGAAGGGCGCCUACUGGCUCUCUCUGCAGACUGCGGAUUCUUUGAGAUCUCCGCGGCGGAAACCUAUCACGGGGUGCUGUUGGUGUUUCACGAACUGAUUGAACUGAUCCGUGAGGCGAGAGCCUUGAAGAAAGGCGCCGCCGGCUUCAGAGGCAUAGUGCGAAGCAUGUCGGCGGUGUUUGGGCGCAAGAGAACGGAGUGAGACUGUCUGUUGGCGCUGUCUUGUUGGAAGUCCAUCAACCUUUGGAGGACUGCUAUAAGACCUGACCGAGCAGCUUAUGGCGAUAGCACUAACCCAGGGUCGACGUCUAAAGCGUUGCCUACCAAGGACACUGGGACAGAUAUGAUGUAGCAACAUGGUCUUGGAUCCUAAUUACAAACAGACUAUCUGAAUGUUUUAAAAAAUCAGGAGCAAGUUAUCUAGUGUUAUUAUACAAGUCCCCCUGACUUGAGUAGCCUACAGUAAGAUCACUGGUACAGUCGCCUUGAAUGUAAACAAAGAGGGGGAGGGAAUAGCUGCGCCCAGUGGGAUCUACUAAUGAAGUUAUGAAGCUGUGCAGGGAGGCAAUGCUGUCAGAAGGGCCAGGCACGUGACCACAGCCAAUGAAGGUGCUCCUAAACCUGCUACCUAUGCAAGUGGAAAUGACCAUUGUCUCAUGGAGACCCUCAGCUUGCUUCCCACCUCAAGGAUCCGAGUUGUGUUGUCCCUGACGGUCUGUUUUGGGCAUUAGCACUCAAACGAGUCUUUCUUAUAUGGAUGCACAGCUUCAGUUAGCCUAUGUUUAUGUUCAUUGAAGUGGUGAUGUAAGCCAUUUGUAUGGGUUUACAUUCCAGACGUUUUCAGUGUAGGGCUGUUGGUGUAGCCUAAUGCAUCUUGAAACAGAUCACUUAACUGGUGACACACUCGUGCUCCGUGACUAUGCCUAGCAUCUGUGAGAUGUGAUGUCAUGCCACAUGAAUGGGCGAGUGAGCGACCAAGCCAUCCUGUGCUCUGGCUUCCUAGAGCCUGCUGUAGUUUACCUGCUGUAGCUGAAAACAACUGUGGCCCAGGCCUGGCGAGGUUCCGGCCCAGCUCUGCUCAAAGGUUUUAUCUGUUCAGGGUGGAAUGUGUUUUACCUGCUGGAAAUAUUUCACCUGAACUGAUCCGAUAUGAUUUGGAUCUCUGUAGAAAUCUGUUGUUUAUUUAAAGCUUUUACAGUAUGAUCUCUGUGAUUGUUUUUUU